AAACGUAUCUGAGGUUUUUGCUUGGUUUUCGGUUGGUUUUCGCGUCAAACAAUCUUCGAGGUUCGAGCUAAAACUUUGUGCACGGUUGGAAAUCCAGUGGCGAAGCAAAUAAAAAAUAAUAAAAGAGAAACAAAGAAGAGGAAGGCAGAAGUAGCUGAAAGAAAAGCGACGACAACAACAAAAGCUGAUGAAUACGUGCGUUCGUGUGGGUGCCGUGCAUUCUGCGUACACAUUUACAAGCAUUCGUACGCUUAAAUUAAAUACUUUGGCUUAAUUAAAUACUUCCGCGGCGUCGUUGUCGUUGUUGUUGAUAUUUUGCCUCUUCUUCACGCGUUGUCUACGGUUAUCGAUUGUCGCCGUCUCGCUCCCCCGUACGCAGCGAGUUGUUGUUUGUUUGUUGUUUGUGUCUGUCGCUCUCUCUCCCCGUCUCCCUGUCACACUCUCGCCGCCGUCGCGUUUUGUUUGUGUACUGAAAAGAGGCAGCAACAAAAUAAAAGCCGAAAGACUGCGAAUAAGCAUAAAUAAUAAACAACGAGACAAGUGCAAAAAGCGCAGCGAAAAGGCCAGCUGGUAAAUCCAACUCACAAGAACAUCCAGAGGAAACCGGAAAAUUUAUCACUUAAAUCACGAGUGCAAUAAAAAAGUUGAAAGUGUUUUACACAGCGCCAAAGAAGGAAGUUGAAGCGAGGCGAAUAGUAAAUAAAUGAGAAGAAGAGCCCACAACAGCUACACCAUCAUAUAAACAACAACCCAAACAUCCCACAUUCAACACCAAUUACAAAGUAAACAUUUACAACUCAUUUCUCGCCCAGGAGAUUCGAGUGGUGAUCCACACAAAAUAAAAGAAAAAUCGCGCGCGCGUUUUUAAGAGCGUUUUAACCAGAUCUCGAUCUUCGCGCGGCUUCGUCGCACGUCACUUGAAUAUAUCUUUCGCGCAACCACUGGGCUCAGGCCUCAAAAAUCCGCCAAAAUUCUACACCAACAAACUUUAAUCAGCCCCGAGAUUUCGCUCCAGUUCGCAACGGCGACCACAAUGCCCUACAACGGCGCUAGUAAUGGCAGUGGCGCCAGUGGCGCCGGCGGAGGAGGGGCCACCAUAGUCGUCACCGAGGGGCCGCAGAACAAAAAGAUCCGCACCGGAGUCCAGCAGCCCGGGGAAAACGAUGUGCACAUGCAUGCUAGGUCCACACAACAACAGAACCAGCAGCAAGCACUUAUGAACAAGUCAAAUGACGACCUACGGAGAAAGCGUCCAGAGACUACACGGCCAAAUCACAUUCUACUCUUCACCAUCAUAAAUCCCUUCUAUCCCAUCACAGUUGAUGUCUUGCACAAAAUCUGUCAUCCACAUGGCCAAGUGCUGCGCAUUGUCAUAUUCAAAAAGAAUGGGGUCCAGGCCAUGGUGGAGUUCGAUAAUCUGGAUGCGGCCACAAGGGCGCGCGAGAAUCUGAAUGGAGCCGACAUAUAUGCCGGAUGUUGCACCCUGAAAAUCGAUUAUGCCAAGCCGGAGAAAUUGAAUGUGUACAAGAACGAGCCCGAUACCAGCUGGGACUAUACGCUGAGCACAGUUGCAACACUGCCGACACCACCACAACAUGUUCCACCGACACAUCACCACCACCAACACCUCCUCCAACAACAACAACAACAUCAACAACAAGCACCACAACAACAAGCACAACACCUUCACCACCACCAUCAACUAGUUGCCCCAGCUCAAUCGCACAAUCUUUGUCAAUUUAAAGAGCCACCGCUAUUGGGACCCGGCGCCGCGUUCCCGCCAUUCGGAGCCCCAGAAUAUCAUCCCACCACACCGGAGAACUGGAAGGGGGCCGCCAUCCAUCCCACUGGACUGAUGAAGGAGCCCGCCGGUGUUGUGCCCGGACGCAAUGCUCCGGUGGCCUUCACACCGCAAGGACAGGCUCAGGGCGCCGUCAUGAUGGUCUACGGCCUGGACCACGACACUUCCAACACGGAUAAGCUCUUCAAUUUGGUGUGCCUGUACGGCAACGUGGCACGGAUCAAGUUCUUGAAGACCAAAGAGGGCACCGCCAUGGUGCAAAUGGGCGACGCGGUGGCCGUGGAGCGUUGCGUGCAGCACCUGAACAACAUUCCCGUGGGCAGUGGUGGCAAGAUACAGAUCGCUUUCUCCAAGCAGAACUUCCUAUCCGAGGUGAUCAAUCCGUUCUUGCUGCCCGACCAUUCGCCCAGCUUCAAGGAGUACACCGGCUCCAAGAACAAUCGUUUCCUAUCGCCGGCCCAGGCCAGCAAGAAUCGCAUUCAACCACCGAGCAAGAUUUUGCACUUUUUCAACACACCGCCCGGCUUGACCGAGGACCAACUGAUUGGAAUCUUCAACAUCAAGGACGUGCCCGCCACAUCGGUGCGCCUGUUCCCCUUGAAGACCGAGCGCUCGUCGUCGGGCCUGAUCGAAUUCUCCAAUAUCUCGCAGGCAGUGCUGGCCAUCAUGAAGUGCAACCAUCUGCCUAUUGAGGGUAAAGGCACCAAGUUCCCAUUCAUCAUGAAGCUGUGCUUUUCCUCAUCCAAGAGCAUGAACGGAGCCUGGAACAAUGCGACCAGCGAGGGCAUGAUCGAGAAGGAGAACGAGGUGGAUACCAAGGUGGACAUCUACAAUUGAGAUUUGAUUACGAUUGUGUAAGCAAAAGCAAACAACAACCGGCUUAACUAGAACACAAUACAGAAUAAAACUGGCAGAGAGGGGAAUCGGUCGAAGACUACAAGCAAAAGACAACGGCAACAGCAAAUGCAGCAACAACAAACGUGCCACCAACUGCAGCAACUGGAGCUUCAACAACAACAGAUCGAUCCACCCACUUGAUGAUGGCUUACACAUUCGACAGGAAAAGCGGGAAUUUCAAAACAAAUUGAUUGCUAAAUCAACUAAGCAAGAAACAAACAAACAAAUGAAAAAUGAAAAAUGAAAACACACAAGCAAAACUAAUUACAAUUAAUUCAAUUAGGCGCAAACGCAUGUAACUUUUCUACGAGCCAUUUGCAUAGAUUUACUGAAUUCCACCAUAUAUCAAUUCAGCUAAUUAGUAUGACAGCCUAUGUACGAUAUGGCCUCGUUCAAAAGCCACACACACUUGAUGCACAUUACCUAACAUUGAAUUACAUGCGUUUGCGUGGCAACAACAACACAAGAAAAAUAAUACAAAAAUUGAAUUGUUAUUAUUGUUAAAAAGAAGCAUUAGGACUUUCUCACACAACAGCAAAGAAGAAAAUGGAAUCACUCCAACCAAUUGUAAACUAUGUAAUGUUUAAUUGAUAAAAAACGACAAACUAAACCAAAAAUAAAUAAUUGUAAUUCAAAACACGAAAGCAUGGUAAAAUAACUCAAGAAAUCCCCUCCCUCCACCCCCCGCUCUUCGCCCCAAAAUGCACGCAUCUUCCACUUUGACCUUCGACCCAUUUUCCCCAUUUUCCACAUACCCCUAUCCUUAAUAUCCCCACGGCAGACUUCUGUAUAGGUAAUGUAACAUGAUUUUCAUUUGGAUACGAAAAUAUUAUUAGUGCAACAAAAGGAAACAUUUCUUUGGACAAUAUUUAGACAAGUAUUCGGGCGUGAGAAAAAGUCUUAACAAAAAUAUUUAUUGAAAAAGGAAUAUUUGUGUAAAUUAAAACCAAAAAUUUAGCAAUUUUAAAUAAAAUUUAUUAGUUUUAGUUAUGCAAAAUCGAGCACUGCAGCACGUUUAAGGCAGUUGAUUUAACAGUUUUUUAUUUUAACGAAUGUAAAACGAGCAGCAGAAUGAAUUAAAAACUUGCACAAGCCAAUGUUUUUACUAUUAACAAAACAAGAAAAAGACAAGAUGGUAAACAUAAUUUUUGUGCUUAAUUUACAAAGUUGAAAAAGGCAUAAAUUUAUAUGUAUGAGAUGUAUUUGUAUUUAUAUUAAAAUUAAUUUUAAUUUACACU